AAAGUUUGUAGAGGGCGCUGGGAGCGGAAACGGGACGGUUUUCCGGUGUUUUAAUUUUGCUUUGACUUUUGGAUAAAAAAUGGCCACGGCUUGUGUUUAUUUACCUUCGGACGUGUACAUGGUCUGUCUCAACCACUCCUUGUCGACCGAAAGGGAAGAGGUCAUGGGACUGUUAAUAGGCGAGAUUGACGAGAAAAGAAUCUCUCACAUAUCGGCCGUCAUCAUGCUUCGGAGAUCCGAUAAAAGGAAAGACAGAGUGGAAAUAUCACCGGAACAGUUGUCUGAUGCUUCAACUCAGGCAGAAAGAUUGGCACAGGCUUUACGCCGCCCCAUGAGAGUCUUGGGUUGGUAUCAUUCACAUCCUCACAUCACUGUGUGGCCAUCUCACGUGGAUGUACAGACUCAAGCCAUGUAUCAAAUGAUGGACGAAGGAUUCGUGGGCCUCAUAUUUUCAGUUUUUAGUGAAGAAUCAUCUACUAAACAUGGAAGAAUUCAAGUUACUUGUUUUCAAUCAAUAAAUCAAAGUCCGGAAGGUGAACCACCUCAGUAUAUGAGACUGGAAAUCCCUCUGCACGUCAUUCCUUCUUCACAUGUCACCAGUCCCUGUCUAGAUGCACUGGUUCAGUUACCCAGAAUUCUGUGUCAGGAGGAGCAGGAUGCCUACAGUUUGACUUGUCAGAUACCAGAGUUGGACCUGCUGACUCGGCUACACAACAAUGCAGUGUAUACGAAAUCCCUGUGUCAUAUUGCGGAAGUGGUGAGCGGACCUUUGCUGCAGACCCUGGAAAGUCGCCUGAGACAGAAUGCAGAGAGGGCCAAACAUUUAGAGAAGGAAAAAGAGCGUGUGUUGGAGAAGUUAAAAGAACUGUAUGAAGAAAAAUCUGAAUGGAAAACUACGAGAGAAAUAAUAUUGAAAGCAAAACAAGUGAAGCAGGUUGAUUAACUUUUUAAAAAAUUCCACAUCCUUAUUAACUUUGACAGCAAUUUCUUUAUCGAAAUUUGAAAAGAAAAAGGUGACGUUCCUACAUACUUAAAAUGACAUUUGAAUUUCAGCAUACUUGUGUUUCUUUGUAAGACAAUAACUGUUAAUUAGAUAUGUAAUAAUAAAAUGUGUUAGUAUAU